AGUACAUCACAUGAACAAAUCAGUUCACAAACACCACUGAAAACAAGACAUUCUCAUUCGAAACUUCAUAGAAAUAUUAAAAGCAAUGAAAUCGAUGAUCAAUGGAUUUUCAAUCCACUUCAUACAAAGCCACAACAUCAACCUGACCUGGUACCUGUAAUGAGUCAUAACAAUAGAUAUUAUGAUCGAUCUUUGUCUGGACUAGAUGUUGCAAUGCGCAAAUCUCAAUCAAAAUCACGGAGACAUUUGGAAAAUAGAGCAGAACUGGAUAUAGAUGCUGGCAGUAGUGUAUUUGCUAGAUCUGUCUCGGCACAUCCAAUUCUUAUGAAUACACCACAAUUGCCACCGAAAAUUUAUAAA